AUGGAAACCAGGGUAUAUGAGUCUUUUGAAACAAUAUGCAUAUACCUGGAGAGUGAUCAAUCUGUUGGGACUGACCCUAAUAAGAACUUUUGGGUGAAAUACAGAAUGGCUGUUUUGAAUCAAAAGAAUCCUUCCAAGACUGUGUGGAAGGAGUCAUCUAUUUGUACAAAGACAUGGAAUAAUUAUGUGCUUCAGUUUAUGAAGGUUUCUGAUAUGCUUGAAGCAGAUGCAGGGUUUCUUGUAAGAGACACAGUUGUUUUUGUUUGUGAAAUCUUGGAUUGUUGCCCAUGGUUCGAGUUUGCUGAUCUUGAGGUCAGGGCUUGCAGAUCCUCUUUUAGGUUCACCUGGAGUUCCAGGAGCUUCAGAGAUAAGCUUUUUACCUCAAUCAACUAUUUACAACUGGAGCUGCAAUCAUUUCUCAAAGCCUCUUCUUACAGCAACUGGAGCUACAAUGUCAACCAGCAAGGAGGAGCAAAUAAGGCUACUCCAAAAUCAGUUUUGAAGCUAAUGGGAAUUCAAGGGCUUACUCUAUUCCACUUAAAGAGUCAUCUCCAGCCUCUCAAAGUUCCUGCAUUCAGGUUAUUCUUUUAG